AUGUUUCAAUCGAAACCGUACUCGGCCGUCACGGCCACCAUCGAGAACCUCACCUCCGAGGACUUCGCCGAGGACGACCUCUCCGGCAUCGUCGAGCUCGUCGAGGCCAUCUCGCUGCAGGCCUCGGGCCCGACCGAGGCCGCGCGCGCGAUCCGCAAGAAGCUCAAGUACGGCAGCGCGCACCGGCAGCUGCGCGCGCUGGCCCUGCUCGACGGGCUGAUGCAGAACGCGGGGCCGCGCUUCCAGCGCACCUUUGCCGACGAGCCGCUGCUCGAGCGCCUGCGCGUCUGCGGCACCUCGGAGCUCGCGGACCCGGCGGUGCGCGCGCGCUGUCGCGAGCUGUUCCGGCAGUGGGCGCAGUACGCGGGCACGCCUGGCCUGGAGCGGAUCGCGCGGCUGCACAAGGAACUACCGAAACGAAAAGUCGCAGUCACCCAAGAACGAUCCAAGGUCAUCCGAGAGACCGAAGCGAACCCUUUCGGCGACGACGAGGAAGAGGAAGCCACACGGCGUGCCGCCGCUGCCGCUGCGGCCGGAUCCUCCCACAAGCCCUCGGGGUCCACGUCACUACCUUCCGGCGGCAGCGGCAGCAGUUUCUUCUCUUCGUUGGGCAGCAGGGACUCGUCGGGCAAAAAGUCUUCGCGCAAGAGUGGCAAGCGGCGGCCGUUCAACCUCGAGGCCGAAAAGGAGCAGAUGAAGGCCGUCGUCGCCGACGCGACGAUGGCGAGCACCGGUCUGCUCAACGCCCUGCAGAGCAUCAACCGCGAGCGGGAGCGCAUCUCGGACAACCAGGCGGCUGUGCAGAGCUUUGAGGCCUGCAAGCAGCUGCGAAGGCGCGUGUUGCGCUACAUUCAUCACGUAGAGAACGAGCAAUGGCUCGGAGCUCUUCUGCACGCCAACGACGAGCUCGUCCACGCUCUCAUGACGUACGAGCAGCUUGAUCAGUCCAUCGAUGCCGACAGCGACUCGGACGACGAGAUUGCCGAGCAGGCGCACCUCUACAAGAUGGUAACCGCGCAGAAAGGCAAAGACAGUGCCGCCACAGCCACACACGAGACGCCUGCCGUGGACCGGCUCGCCCUCAACGAGCCGGGACUCGCAAAGACCUCCGCCGGCGCCGCACACAAGGCGCCGCGGGUUGUGGAGCCCGGAGAUGACCUAGAGAGCGCGUCGGAGGAGGAGGACGAUGACGAAGAUGACCCGUUCGGCGACAGCCAUGUCGUGGUGGGCACGCCGGCGGCGGAGAGGCUGGAGCCUCGGUGGUGA